UGUAUUUCAAAAUUAUACUUGAAUUUACAAUUUUUAGUUUUGAAAUGGUAUAUGUUUUGCAAGGAAUAUUAAAUUUUCCUAAUCAUCAAAAAUCUCAAACAAUUUGUUCAUUUCAAUUUCCUAAUGGUAAUUCAAGUAUUCCAUCUUGGUCAACGCAUACGCUGGGCAUUCAACAACAACCUAAUCCGAAUCAUUUAACUAAUCCAUGUAUUGUAAAUUUUCUCAAUGGAACAACUCCAACAACACUACCAACACCAACACUAGCAACAACAACAAUAACUAAUUCAAUCAAUGAUUCAAUUGAUCCAUUCAUAUUACAUGAACAGUGGUCAAGAGGUACAAAUUUUGAAUUUAUUCAAGGAACUACUCUAUCAUCCUCACCAGGAUGGAAUGGAGAUUAUCGUACUGGCGAUAAUACUUUUCCAAUUUUAUUAGAAAUGCCUACAAAUAUAAAGGGUGAAACUCGUUCAUCGGAAUCUGAUCAAUCUCAACAAUCCAACUGUUCAAAAAGUAAUCAUGGAACUAAUGAUAAUGUGACAAGUACAACUAGAAGUUUAAGUGAAGACGAUUCAUUUCACAUAUUUGUUGGUGAUCUAGCUCCCGAGGUACAGGAUGAAACGUUGUUGGCAGCAUUUUCCAAUUUUGGGACAAUUACUGAAUGUAAAAUCAUCAAGGAUAUGCAUACACAAAAGCCAAAAGGAUAUGGAUUUGUCGCUUAUGCAACAAGACAAGAAGCUGAGCGUGCAAUCCGUAUAAUGAAUGGUCAAAUUAUUGGGACAAGGGCUAUAAGAACAAACUGGGCUGUACGUAAAGAUCCAGCAGAUCAAGCUAAAGAUCAUCGGCCAUUGAAUUAUUUGGAAGUAUUUAACGCAUCAUCAGCUGCAAAUACAACAAUUUACGUUGGUGGCAUAACUAAUGAAUUAACUGAAAAACUUCUUCAAGAUUCAUUCAAGCAGUUUGGAGAGAUCAAGGAAAUUAGAAUAUUUAAGGAUAAGGGUUUCUCGUUUAUCAGAUUCGAUUCACAUGUGGCUGCUACUCAAGCAAUUGUUACAAUGCAUGGUAAGAUUGUUGGUGAUCAAGCCUGUAAAUGUUCAUGGGGUAAAGAACCAAGCUUUACCAACAAACAAGGAUUGGCAAAGCGUCUGUCAUCUGCUCUGUUCGUUCCUGCUGUAAAUCAUAAUAUGAACGAUGACCGCAAUGGUAUCCUAUUGAGACCUCAAGGUUCUUGGCUCACGUCUCCAUCAAGACAAAAUAAUUUGAUUCUAGACCUACCAGCAAAGAAACUUAUGUCUGAAGAAUUACAUCCAGCUAGUAUACAUUGUAUAGUACCAACAGAUAAAACGCAAACCAUGACUAAUGGACAACAUAUAUCAGUGAGGAAUAUUUUACAAGAUGCUAACAAGUUGAGCCCGUCUGUUAUCACUCCGACAACAACCAAUCCUUUAUGGCCUUAUACAUGCUGGUUCGCUGGAACUCCUAAUCAAGAUACUCCAAUACCUGCAUUAUUACUGGAUAAUGUGACAAGAGGAACAUUAACAAAUCAAACUGUGAUUCCUUUUAUACCACCGACAGACAACAAUCAACUACUUUUAAAUUUAUCAGCUAUAGAUUUUACUAAAAGUUAUCAAACAGAUAAACCAGAGAUUAAUAUUAUUCCCAACAUGACCAAUGCUCAGUUCACUGAUUGUCAAGUUACUUUUCCAAAUAUUGGUGAAAUUCACAAUGUAUUAACAAAUUAUAAAACUCCUUUAUAUCAAAAUGUUAACAAUAACAGUAAUCUUAAUAAUAGUAAUAAUAAUAGCAGUAAUAACGUUAUUUCACCAUGUGAUAUACAACAGAUUUUCAAUUUAAAAAAUAUAACCAUACCAAAUUUGGAUCCGACUGGUUAUUCCACAUUAUCUAAUGUACCAUUAAUUACAUUUUCAGCGUAUCCAUUAAAUUCUAGUAAUAUUCAACCAUUUAAUUAUACAAAUGUUACUGCUUCUCCUGCUGCUGCUGGUGGCGGUCCUGCUGUUCACACAACAAAUAAUAACAAUAAUAAUGGAGUUGAUAAGAACUCAAUGAAUCAAUCUGCUCAAUUAUCAAAUUUUGGACAGUAUAAUGUAUAUAACGCAACAACAGGUUAAGCCAAUUAUUGUCAUUCUCAUCAUCUUCAAUAUUAUUAUUAUUAUUAUCAUCAUCAUCAU